AUGGCACCAAACAGAGGCUCCUCAUCCAAAUCCUCAAAUAAAUCCUCUUCCGCCUCCAAAUCCAAAUCCAAUUCAAAAACCCUCUCCUCCAGCUCUCGCGUGUCUAAACCCAAAUCCAAAUCCUCUGCCAACGGUCCCUCGCCCAAGGAGGUGAAAGUCAAACCCCGCACGGCGCCGGAGAAUCUGAAAAAGAAAAAGAAGAGGAUAUAUACUGAGAAGGAACUGGAUCUGCCGCAAUUGAAUAUGAUUACCCCCGUGGGUGUGACGAAGCCGAAAGGUGUGAAGAAGGGGAAGUUUUUUGUGGAUGAUCAGGAGAGCAUGAUGACUCUUCUCGCUAUGGUGAAUGCGGAGAAGGAGGGUCAGAUUGAGUCGAAGAUGAUGAAAGCGAGACAGCUGGAGGAGAUUCGCGAGGCGAGGAGGAAGGAGGCGGAAGCGAGGCAGGCGGCGAAGAAGGAGAAGCUGGCACACUCGCUUCGUAAGAAGAAGCGGCAUAACACUGAUGGGAACAGAGAGGAUAGGAAGGAUGGGAAGAAAUCAUCGUCAUUGGGAGAUGCUGAGAGGUCAGGAUCGUCCAUAACGGGGGCAAAAGCGAACCGGAAACGGGUAGCUUUUGCAUAG